GAGGCGGCGCUUCGUCGCCGCGACUCUUUCUUGCUGGGACCCGCCCCGUUUCACAGGAGGGGAGUGCCUAUUACUCCCUCUUUUCCUUUUCUUUUCGAUAUUUGAAUGCUAUCGGUGCUCUAGGAGCUCGAUCUUGACCCCUUGUUGGAGGAAAUUGUACUUUUGGAGGAGCUCUAAUGCUCACCGAGGAUCCCGUAUCGGAGAUUUGUGAGGCGAAAGCAGUCGAUGAGCUCGCCGAGCAAGAAAAAAAUUAUUAUUGUCAGAGAUGUUUAAAUCAUGGGGAGUUGAAGCCAAGGAAAGGUCACAAGCCGGAUUGUAGAUAUCUAAAAUGUCCAUGUCGAGAAUGCACGAUGGUCGAGCAGCGAAGACAGUUGAACAAUUUGCUAAGCAAAAAGAAGAUCCACUGCACACCGGCAACUCAAACCCGUGAUGGGAAGCGUGUCCGUGACCCACACUGUGCUCGGUGCUCGGCUCACGGAGUCCUAGUCCCAUUGCGGGGACACAAGCGGACAAUGUGCCAAUUUGUGACAUGCGAGUGUACAUUGUGUACUCUUGUGGAACACCGUCGAAAUCUUAUGGCGGCUCAAAUCAAAUUACGCAGAUCACAACAGAAAUCCCGAGAUGGUAAAGAACCAAAAAGGAACUCUCGUAGAAAAUCGAAAGAUAUGGAUAUGGAGAUGAUGGUUGUCACAGCUACAGAUGGUCAAAAGAUAAUUGGAACAUCAGCAAGUCCAUCUCCAUCCUCAACCACUGAUACAAUGUCCCCAUCCCUUUCAAUGUCUCCACCAUGCUCUCCAUCUCCACUUCUGGCUCAAUACACUCUGACGCUGGCUGCUCCGAUUCCAAUCUAUCCGCCGAUCCCAAUGAAUCAACAAUUGAUAAGCUUGCAACAACAACAGUUCCUGAUGAGCAUUAUUCAAAAUAUGGCUCCAUCAAUCGGACAACAGGCUCCACUCCUUCCAGGCAUUUCUGCAGGUUCUGUCUCAUCGGCAGCAAUUUUGAAUGAGUUCUGGAGUAUGUAUCUGAAAAAUUAUGGUCUGCAAGCCUAAGAUCUAUAAUUUUGACCAAUUAUUGAUUUUUAGAAAAAUUGUAUGUUUCCCUUCUUUGCUUAAUUUUCCACACAAUCUCUUUUUAUCUUUGGUUUCAAACUCAAUGAUUUUUUCAUAUUUUCUUGAAUUUUCACUUUUUACCAAUUUUGUUAUAUUUUCUAAUUUUUUCAUUCAUUUUUCACCAAGUGAACCAACCAAUUUACCGAUUUUUUUCUCGUCUUCAAGACCGCUUGUGUUAUUCCAAAAAUCCCCAUUUUUUUUAAAUUCAAAUAAUCUUUUCGUCUCUCACCAAACCACAUACUAUCUUUCUAUGUCUCUUCGCCACCUAAUCAUGUCAUCAAUUUCUUCGAAAAUUCCCAAAUUUCACCGAUAUUCUUCCGUUUGCAUCGAUUUCCCACUGUCCCCGCCCAAAUUGAGCUGAGCUCCGCCCACACUUUCCCAGGAUUACUGUAUUGUUUCUCGCUCUGCGUCUCUCAUUCUCGUUCCCUCUCUCUUUGUUUUAUCUCGGAAAAUAGGAUCAAAUCCUAAACAGUUAACCGGUCCGUUUUAGACACCCCCGGUGGUAAUAAUUUUGAAAAAAAGUGAAAUCAUGUUUUUUAAUGUUUUGGUUUUAAAAAACCAAACAUUUUUUGGAGAGAAAAAUGUAUAGAACUUCCAAACAUACAAACACACGACGCAUCGAGUCUAAUAAUUAUUGAUUUAUUUUUAUUAUUUUUGAUUUUUCAAUAAACUUUUCAUUUUU